GCAGCCCGGAUUGUUCGAAAAAUUGGGAUUUUAAAUUCCGAACCCCCGAUUCCGACUGGAAAGGCCACUGAUAAUUAAAAACAGAAAAAAAAACAGUUUUUUCGUAUACGAAAUUAGGACGAUUGUGAUUCGGCUGUGUAUCGUGCAAAAUGUGUGAACAGUGUAUUCAACGCUAAUAUUUUUUACGGAUUUUUCAUGCGUUUUCAGCGCAUGUGUUAUGCAUUUGAAGAGGACAAGUGAUGUGGUAGAGGGUAACAGAAGAUAAUAGAACUCGGACAAGAUGGCGGAAGCUGAGGGAGGUGCAAGCGAGCAAGAUGAUGUUUCAUUCUUACGUACGGAAGAUAUGGUCUGCCUGUCUUGCACGGCAACAGGCGAGCGUGUCUGCCUCGCGGCCGAGGGCUUCGGCAACCGGCAUUGCUUUCUGGAGAACAUCGCGGACAAGAACAUACCACCGGAUUUGUCGCAAUGCGUCUUUGUCAUUGAACAGGCCCUGUCUGUGAGAGCUCUCCAAGAAUUGGUGACGGCGGCCGGUUCAGAGACUGGAAAAGGCACAGGUUCUGGCCAUAGGACUUUGCUGUACGGCAAUGCCAUUCUAUUGCGACAUCUCAACAGCGACAUGUACUUGGCUUGUCUAUCCACAUCGUCGUCUCAAGAUAAACUGGCCUUUGACGUGGGUCUACAAGAGCAUUCGCAAGGAGAGGCUUGUUGGUGGACCCUCCAUCCUGCUAGCAAACAAAGAUCUGAGGGUGAGAAAGUAAGAGUUGGAGAUGACUUGAUUUUGGUGUCAGUUGCAACUGAGAGAUAUUUGCACACGACUAAGGAAAACGAAGUAUCAAUAGUGAACGCGUCGUUCCACGUCACGCACUGGUCCGUACAGCCGUACGGAACAGGUAUUUCGCGUAUGAAGUACGUCGGCUAUGUUUUCGGAGGGGAUGUACUGCGAUUCUUCCACGGAGGAGACGAGUGUUUAACAAUACCUAGUACGUGGACUAAAGAAGGGGGGCAGAAUAUCGUGGUGUACGAAGGUGGUUCAGUAAUGUCACAAGCCCGCUCUCUCUGGCGCCUGGAGCUGGCCCGGACGAAGUGGGCGGGCGGGUUCAUCAACUGGUACCACCCCAUGAGGAUCAGGCACAUCACCACCGGCCGGUACUUGGGGGUCAACGACCAGAACGAGCUGUAUUUAGUUAGCAGAGAGGAAGCCACAACAGCAUCAUGCGCCUUCUGCCUUCGCCAAGAGAAGGACGAUCAGAAAGUGGUGUUAGAAGACAAGGACUUGGAGGUGAUUGGUGCGCCCAUCAUCAAGUACGGUGACUCUACUGUCAUUGUGCAGCAUUCCGAGACUGGAUUGUGGCUGUCUUAUAAGUCUUACGAGACGAAGAAAAAAGGCGUGGGUAAAGUAGAAGAGAAACAGGCGAUUCUCCACGAGGAAGGCAAGAUGGACGACGGUCUGGAUUUCUCCAGGUCACAGGAGGAAGAGUCCAGAACAGCCAGGGUUAUAAGGAAGUGUUCGUCGCUUUUCACCAAGUUUAUCAAUGGCCUUGAAACACUGCAAGAGAACCGUCGCCACUCGAUGUUCUUCGCGUCAGUCAACCUCGGCGAGAUGGUGAUGUGUUUGGAAGAUCUCAUCAACUACUUCGCACAGCCUGAUGAAGACAUGGAACACGAAGAAAAACAAAACAAGUUCCGAGCGCUCCGCAACAGACAAGAUUUGUUCCAAGAGGAGGGUAUACUCAACCUGAUCCUAGAAGCCAUAGACAAAAUCAACGUCAUUACGUCACAAGGCUUUUUAGCCGGCUUCUUGGCGGGAGACGAGUCGGGACAAAGCUGGGAGAUGAUUUCUGGAUAUUUAUACCAAUUGUUGGCGGCGAUCAUCAAAGGGAACCACACAAACUGCGCUCAGUUCGCGAACUCGAACCGUCUGAACUGGCUGUUCUCAAGACUCGGCUCGCAAGCCUCUGGCGAGGGCACCGGCAUGCUGGACGUGUUGCAUUGUGUGCUCAUCGACUCGCCCGAAGCUCUGAAUAUGAUGAGGGACGAGCACAUAAAAGUCAUCAUCUCUUUAUUAGAGAAACACGGUCGCGACCCGAAAGUUCUAGACGUUUUGUGUUCAUUGUGCGUCGGUAACGGAGUAGCGGUCAGGUCAUCACAGAACAACAUCUGCGAUUAUUUGCUGCCGGGGAAGAAUUUACUUCUGCAGACGCAAUUGGUCGAUCACGUGUCUAGCGUUCGACCAAACAUCUUUGUAGGUCGUGUAGAAGGUUCAGCCGUUUAUCAGAAAUGGUAUUUUGAAGUAACGAUGGAUCACAUAGAGAAAACUACUCACAUGAUGCCGCAUCUGCGCAUUGGAUGGGCCAACACUUCUGGCUACGUCCCAUACCCCGGUGGCGGCGAGAAGUGGGGCGGUAACGGCGUGGGAGACGAUCUAUACUCGUUCGGCUUCGACGGGGCGUAUCUAUGGGCGGGGGGCAGGAAAACGCCCGUACACGCCGCCGGCGCUUUGCAUACGGACGAGCCUUAUAUACGGAAAGGUGACGUGAUCGGCUGCGCCCUAGACCUGACAGUGCCUAUCAUCAACUUUAUGUUCAACGGCGUCCGAGUCACGGGAUCAUUCACCAACUUCAACCUGGAGGGCAUGUUCUUUCCUGUCAUUAGCUGUUCUAGCAAGUUGAGUUGCCGCUUCCUUCUCGGCGGAGAACACGGUCGUCUCCGUUACGCAGCUCCAGAAGGCUACUCUCCUCUCGUGGAAUCCCUCCUUCCUCAGCAAGUCUUAAGCUUGGAACCGUGCUUCUACUUCGGGAAUUUAGCGAAGCGGGCCCUUGCUGGACCUCCGUUGGUGCAAGAUGAUACGGCUUUUGUACCGACACCAGUUGAUACAAUUUCUAUUACUCUGCCGUCAUAUGUUGAACAAAUCAGAGACAAGUUGGCCGAGAACAUUCAUGAAAUGUGGGCCAUGAAUAAGAUUGAAGCCGGUUGGAUGUACGGCGAUCAGCGAGAAGAUUUACACAAGAUUCACCCUUGCCUCGUGCCAUUUGAACGGCUGCCACCUGCAGAGAAAAGAUACGACAUACAGUUAGCUGUACAGACACUGAAGACAAUUUUGGCGCUUGGUUAUUACAUCAGUUUAGACAAACCACCGGCGCGCAUUCGCAACGUCCGUCUACCCAAUGAACCUUUCAUGCAAUCGAAUGGUUACAAGCCAGCACCAUUAGACCUGAGUGCUGUUACCCUAACACCAAAAAUGGACGAGCUAGUGGACCAAUUGGCUGAGAAUACGCACAACUUAUGGGCCAGAGAACGCAUCCAACAAGGAUGGACUUACGGGUUGAAUGAGGACCCCGAUAUGCACAGAUCGCCUCAUCUAGUACCGUAUCCUAAAGUAGAUGAAGCUAUCAAGAAAGCCAACAGGGACACAGCUUCGGAGACUGUUAGGACUCUACUCGUGUAUGGAUAUAACCUGGAUCCACCUACCGGAGAGCAACAUGAAGCUUUGCUAGCUGAAGCCUCGAAACAGAAGCAAGCUGACUUCAGAACGUACCGCGCUGAGAAAAACUACGCAGUAAGCUCUGGAAAAUGGUACUUUGAGUUCGAGAUCCUCACUGCAGGUCCCAUGAGGGUUGGCUGGGCGCACGCCGACAUGCCGCCUGGCAUGAUGCUGGGACAAGAUGAGAACUCUUGGGCUUUCGACGGUUAUAAUUGUAUCAAAGUACAUGGCGGUGGUAACGACACGUUCGGCCAGCAGUUCAAAGUGGGCGACAUUGUAGGCUGCUUCCUAGACGUUUGCGACAUGACCAUUAGUUUUUCGCUUAAUGGCGAGCUGCUCAUGGACGCUUUAGGUGGAGAGACCACAUUUGCAGAUGUCCAAGGGGACAAUUUUGUACCUGCAUGUACCCUUGGUGUGGGACAGAAAGCGAGACUCACAUACGGUCAAGAUGUUAACACGCUAAAAUACUUUACUACUUGUGGGCUGCAAGAAGGUUAUGAACCAUUCUGUGUCAACAUGAAACGAGACGUGACACACUGGUACACAAAAGACCAACCUAUCUUCGAAAACACAGACGAGAUGGCUGACACCAGGAUUGACGUGACAAGGAUUCCUGCUGGAUCAGAUACUCCGCCAUGUCUGAAGAUCUCGCACAACACGUUUGAGACAAUGGAGAAGGCCAAUUGGGAAUUCCUUCGCCUAUCGCUACCGGUCAUCUGUCACCUUGAAUUCAUCGAUGAAGCGGAAAAAUCUCGUCGCUGGAUAGAAAUCAAAGACCGCCAACAGAUCUUGAUGAAGGAAGCCACCGAGGCCCAGAUGCCGGCACACAUCGACCAAAUCAUGAGGAGCGGUUUCACUAUGAACGAUAUAAAAGGUCUUCACUACGACGAAAACGAGGAAGUACCCAGCUCUAAGAUGAAGAGGCAGCCGUCCAGGCCUCCAAGGAAGGGAUCCAUGACCAGAGGAGUGACAAUACAGAAUUAUAAUUUGCAGCCAGGUCAAGUGAACGGUAUGCACCGCUCUACCAGCGAAGCGGAGAUGUCCAAAUACGAGUUGGGUGUGCAGAGUCCGCCUGAUGACAAGAAGGAUAAGAGGGGGAAGUCCCCAUUUAAAUUCUUCAAGAGUAAACGUGGCGAAAGCGGCGACAGAUCGAAGUCUCGCAAGUCGAAGACUCCUGACCCGUUCAGCGACACUGAGGUUUCUCCGGAAAGGGGCAUGCGGAGGCCUAACCCUCAGAUCAGGGUGUCACAGGCGAAUCAAAGAUAUAACGACAUGCAACCGAGACCUAGCAAGCCUAAUUUGUACGAGUAUGGCAGUCAAAAUGGCCUGAACACAAACCUCACGAUGCAGACGCCCACUCAAGACCGCAAACAAAUGACGACCAGCGUAUUGGCGGCCGCCACCACGGAAACCGUCGGUAACGAGAUAUUCGACGCCGAGUGCUUGAAGCUUAUCAACGAGUACUUUUACGGUGUUAGGAUUUUCCCUGGACAAGACCCGACCCACGUGUAUAUCGGCUGGGUGACCACCCAGUACCACUUGCACUCCAAGGACUUCAACCAGAACAAAGUCAUGAAGUCAUCGGUCAUCAUCACCGAUGAUUACGACAGGGUUGUUGAGAGUGUGAACCGUCAAUCUUGCUACAUGGUGCGAGCUGAUGAACUGUACAACGAGGUGAUGGCCGAAGCGACCGGCAAAGGAGCUUCUCAGGGCAUGUUCAUUGGAUGCUCCGUGGACACUUCCACCGGAACCGUCAGCUUCACUUGCGAGGGGAAGGAUACUAGUUUUAAAUUCAAGAUGGAACCAGAAACUAAAUUAUUCCCAGCCAUCUUCGUAGAGGCGACCUCUAAAGAGAUCCUUCAAAUAGAACUGGGCCGGUCAAGCACGAGUCUGCCCUUGAGUGCAGCAGUGCUGCCAACUAGCGACAAACACGUGAUACCACAGUUCCCGCCGAGGUUGAAAGUGCAGUGUCUGAAACCGCACCAAUGGGCCAGGGUACCCAACCAGUCGUUACAAGUCCACGCGCUCAAACUAUCCGACAUUAGAGGUUGGUCCAUGUUGUGUGAAGACGCGGUGUCGAUGUUAGCAUUGCAUAUACCAGAGGAAGACCGCUGCAUAGACAUCUUGGAGCUGAUCGAGAUGGACAAACUAUUGAGUUUCCACUCGCACACGCUCACCUUAUACGCCGCGUUGUGUUACCAGAGCAAUUAUAGAGCCGCUCAUGCUCUGUGCCAGCACGUGGAUCAAAAGCAAUUGUUAUACGCGAUCCAGUCCCAAUAUAUGUCUGGUCCACUCAGACAAGGUUUCUACGAUCUCCUCAUCGCGUUGCAUUUGGAGUCUCAUGCUACUACCAUGGAAACUUGCAAGAAUGAGUUCGUAAUACCACUAGGACCGGAACUGAAAUCUUUGUACGAAGAUCCUGAUAUGGGACACAGUCUACGAUCAUUGCAGACUGAAAGCGUACGACCGCAGAUGAAGAUGACCGAUAUUGCGGAAAGCAUAACAGAGAUCAGCAACCUCUACUCCCCAUACUUCCCCCUGGAAGUAGUGAGAGAGUUUGUAAUGCAAGCGCUGGCCGAAGCUGUUCAGACCAACCAGGUUCAUAAUCGUGAUCCCGUCGGCGGCAGCAACGAGAACCUCUUUUUACCACUGAUAAAAUUGGUGGACCGACUGCUUCUAGUCGGCAUGAUGAGAGACGAAGAUGUGGAGAAACUGCUCAUCAUGAUCAACCCGGAAACCUGGGACCCCACGUUUGAUAAAGAGGGUAAAGACGAACACCGCAAAGGUCUACUCCACAUGAAGAUGGCUGAAGGUGCUAAACUGCAGAUGUGCUACCUUCUACAGCAUCUCAAUGACAUACAACUGAGGCACAGAGUGGAGGCUAUCAUAGCGUUCGCUCAUGAUUUCGUUGGUGAUUUGCAGACUGACCAGCUAAGACGUUACAUAGAAAUCAAGCAGUCAGAUUUACCCAGUGCGGUCGCUGCUAAAAAGACGAGGGAAUACCGUUGCCCACCCAGGGAACAAAUGAACGCCAUUCUUAGUUUCAAGCACAUGGAAGAAGAGGACAAGGAGAACAUACCGUGCGGAGAAGAUCUGAUCGCGCGCAUGAACGAGUUCCACGGCAGCCUCAUGGCGCAUGUCUCCCUCAACGCGUUACAGGAACCUGACGGAGAGGAAUCGACAGAGCCGGAAACCAAGCCUGGUGCAAUUGGAAAACUGUACAAUAUCAUUAACACAGUCAAGGAGCUGGAGGAAGAAGCGAAAGCCAUAGAAGAACCGCCAAAGAAGACGCCAGAAGAGAAGUUCCGGAAAGUCCUCAUCCAGACCAUUGUGAGCUGGGCUGAGGAGUCCCAGAUUGAAACGCCUAAACUUGUUCGAGAGAUGUUCAGCUUGCUAGUUCGCCAGUACGACGCUAUAGGGGAACUCAUCCGUGCUCUAGAGAAGACUUACGUCAUCAACGCCAAAACGAAACUGGACGUCGCGGAAAUGUGGGUCGGACUCAGUCAGAUCAGAGCUUUACUGCCUGUGCAGAUGAGUCAGGAAGAAGAGGAACUUAUGAGGAAAAGAUUGUGGAAACUCGUCAAUAAUCAUACAUUCUUCCAACAUCCAGAUUUGAUCAGAGUUCUCCGCGUGCACGAGAACGUGAUGGCGGUGAUGAUGAACACGCUGGGGCGGCGUGCGCAGGCGCAGUCCGACGCCGCGCCCGCCAGCCCGCCCACGCCCGAGGACAAGGAAAAGGACACAUCCCACGAGAUGGUGGUAGCCUGCUGCCGUUUCCUCUGCUACUUUUGUCGCACGGGUCGGCAGAAUCAGAAGGCUAUGUUCGACCACUUCGACUUCUUGCUGGAGAACUCCAACAUUCUGCUGUCCAGGCCUUCGUUGAGAGGCUCCACGCCGCUAGACGUCGCUUAUUCCAGUUUGAUGGAAAACACUGAGCUGGCUUUGGCUUUGAGGGAGCAUUACCUGGAGAAAAUAGCAGUAUACCUCUCCCGUUGCGGUCUUCAGAGCAACUCCGAGCUGGUGGAAAAGGGCUACCCUGAUCUCGGCUGGGAUCCGGUAGAAGGCGAACGUUAUUUGGACUUCUUGAGGUUUUGCGUUUGGGUAAACGGCGAAAGCGUAGAAGAAAAUGCGAACCUUGUCAUUCGCCUUCUGAUCAGAAGACCAGAGUGUCUUGGACCAGCUCUGAGAGGAGAAGGAGAGGGGCUGUUGAAGGCAAUCGUGGACGCCAACAAAAUGAGUGAGAGAAUAGCAGACAGGAGGAAAUUGAGGGAAAUAGAGCAGGAGGGAGAUACGAGUUUCAGCCAUCCUCUACCGGAAUCUGACGAUGACGAAGACUAUAUCGACACGGGAGCCGCCAUCUUGAAUUUUUACUGCACCCUCGUGGAUUUACUGGGGAGGUGUGCGCCCGACGCGGGAGUUAUAGCUUUGGGCAAGAACGAGUCGCUGCGCGCGCGCGCCAUCCUGCGCUCGCUGGUGCCGCUGGAGGACCUGCAGGGCGUGCUCAGCCUGCGCUUCACGCUCAGCAACCCCGCCGUCGGGGAGGACCGCCCCAAGUCAGACAUGCCAUCUGGACUAAUCCCCGGACACAAACAAAGCGUGGGACUAUUCCUGGAGAGAGUGUACGGGAUUGAAACUCAAGAAUUAUUCUAUAGAUUGCUCGAAGAAGCCUUCCUGCCUGAUCUGCGAGCAGCCACCAUGUUAGAUAGGAACGACGGUUGCGAGUCCGACAUGGCGUUAUCGAUGAACCGCUAUAUCGGAAACUCCAUUUUGCCUCUUCUCAUCAAACACGCCAACUUCUACAACGAGGCGGAGAACUACGCUAGCUUGUUAGACGCUACGUUACAUACUGUUUACAGGUUAUCCAAAAACCGAAUGCUAACUAAAGGCCAAAGAGAAGCAGUAUCGGACUUUCUCGUGGCUCUGACAUCAGCGAUGCAGCCGUCCAUGUUGCUGAAGCUACUCAGAAAACUCACGGUCGAUGUGUCGAGACUUUCAGAGUAUACUACAGUUGCUUUGAGGCUUCUUACGUUACAUUACGAACGCUGCGCUAAAUACUACGGCAGCACCUCCGGCCAAGGGAUUUACGGGGCGUCCUCGGACGAAGAGAAGAGAUUGACCAUGAUGCUAUUCUCAAAUAUAUUCGAUUCUUUGAGCAAGAUGGAUUACGAGCCGGAGUUGUUCGGGAAAGCCUUGCCGUGCCUUAUUGCUAUUGGAUGCGCUCUACCACCUGACUAUUCCCUAUCGAAGAACUACGAUGACGAAUUUUAUGGAAAAGAAAAUCAAUCUUCAGGUGGUCCAGACAAUCCACAAUACGACCCGCAGCCGAUCAACACUUCAUCAGUGGCUCUAAACAAUGACCUCAACACGAUCGUACAAAAGUUUUCGGAACACUACCACGACGCUUGGGCUUCCAGGAAAAUUGAGUUCGGAUGGGUGUACGGUGAAUCGUGGUCCGACAGUCAAAAAUCACACCCCAGACUCAAACCGUACAACAUGCUUAACGACUACGAGAAAGAACGCUACAAGGAGCCGGUCAGAGAAUCACUUAAAGCCUUGCUCGCCAUCGGCUGGUCGGUGGAGCAUUCAGAAGUGGACAUCCCUAGCACCAACCGCAGCUCCAUGCGGCGACAGUCCAAGUCAGGCCGCGCCCCAGCCGAUAUUGUGACGGAUUCGGCCACGCCCUUCAAUUACAACCCACAUCCAGUGGAUAUGACGAAUCUGACGCUCUCUAGGGAGAUGCAAAACAUGGCGGAGAGGUUAGCCGAGAACGCUCAUGAUAUCUGGGCGAAGAAGAAGAAGGAGGAGUUGGUUACCAACGGAGGUGGCAUUCACCCUCAACUAGUCCCCUACGACUUACUAACGGACAAAGAGAAGAAGAAAGAUCGAGAACGUUCCCAAGAAUUCCUCAAAUACCUUCAAUACCAAGGCUACAAGCUACACAGACCUAGUAAAGCGAGUCAGAGUGAUACAGAACAGACCACUACCGGUGUAGCAAUAGAGCUCAGAUUCGCAUACUCGUUAUUGGAGAAAUUAAUUCAGUACAUAGACAGGGCGACAAUUAACAUGAAGUUGUUGAAGCCAUCGACUACAUUCAGUAGAAGAAGCAGUUUUAAAACCAGCACGAGGGAUAUUAAGUUCUUUUCUAAGGUGGUGCUACCUCUAAUGGAGAAAUAUUUCUCCACUCAUCGCAACUACUUCAUAGCGGUGGCUACGGCUACCAACAACGUGGGAGCGGCCAGUCUGAAAGAGAAAGAGAUGGUUGCGGCCUUAUUCUGUAAACUGGCUAGUUUGCUCAGAUCCAGGUUAGCAGCUUUCGGUCCCGAUGUCCGCAUCACGGUGCGCUGUCUCCAAGUUCUGGUGAAAGGCAUAGACGCGAAGUCCCUCGUGAAGAACUGUCCAGAAUUCAUCAGGACUUCCAUGCUUACCUUCUUCAAUAACGUAGCCGAUGAUUUGGGGCAUACCAUACUAAAUUUGCAAGAGGGAAAAUACGCGCAUCUUCGCGGUACCCACCUUAAAACGUCAACAUCACUUGCCUACAUCAACGGCGUACUUCUGCCUAUCCUGACAGCCAUGUUUGAUCAUCUGGCCAACUGCGAAUAUGGAGCUGAUCUUCUAUUGGACGAGAUACAAGUGGCAUCAUACAAGAUGUUGGGUUCCUUAUACGCUCUGGGCACAGACGCGUCCCUCACACACGACAGGAAGUACCUCAAGACUGAAAUUGAGAGGAACAAACCAGCUUUGGGUUCCUGUCUGGGAGCAUUCAGUUCCACAUUCCCCGUAGCAUUCCUGGAGCCGCAUUUGAACAAACACAACCAGUUCUCUCUACUGAACAGGAUUGCUGACCACUCGUUGGAAGCCCAAGACAUCAUGGCAAAAAUGGAGCAAUCCAUGCCCACUUUGGAGACUAUCCUGGGAGAGGUGGACCAGUUUGUGGAGUCCGACAAGACUUACAACGAGGCGCCGCACAUCAUAGACGUGGUGUUGCCGCUCUUGUGCUCCUACUUGCCCUUCUGGUGGGCCCAGGGUCCGGACAAUGUCACUCCCACUGCUGGCAACCACGUAACAAUGGUGACUGCCGAACACAUGAACCAGCUACUGAAGAACGUUCUGAAGCUGAUUAAGAAGAACAUAGGGAACGAGAGCGCGCCGUGGAUGACGCGCAUAGCGACGUACACGCAGCAGAUCAUCAUCAACAGUUCUGAGGAGUUGCUCAGGGACUCGUUCUUGCCCUUGGCUGAGAGAGUGAGAAAGAGGACGGAUACGAUGUUCCAUAAGGAGGAGAGCUUGAGAGGAUUUAUCAAGUCAUCAACGGACGAUACCUCUCAAGUGGAGUCUCAGAUCCAAGAAGAUUGGCAGCUUUUGGUGCGAGACAUCUACUCUUUUUAUCCCCUUCUCAUCAAAUACGUCGACCUUCAGAGGAAUCACUGGUUGAGAAACAACGUUCCAGAGGCGGAAGAGUUAUACAACCAUGUUGCUGAGAUUUUCAACAUCUGGUCCAAGAGUCAGUACUUCUUGAAGGAGGAACAGAACUUCAUAUCUGCCAACGAGAUCGAUAAUAUGGUGCUGAUAAUGCCGACUGCAACGAGAAGAGUAACUACCGUCGUGGACGGCGCGCCUCAAGGUGGUGGGAAGAAAAAGAAGAAGCAUCGCGACAAGAAGCGUGACAAGGAUAAGGAAGUGCAAGCGUCUCUGAUGGUGGCCUGUCUAAAGAGGCUACUGCCGGUCGGUCUCAACCUGUUUGCAGGCAGGGAACAAGAGUUGGUCCAACAUUGCAAGGAUAGAUUCCUAAAGAAAAUGUCAGAACAAGACGUGGCGGAAUUCGCCAAGACCCAACUCACUCUACCCGACAAAAUCGACCCCGCGGACGAGAUGUCAUGGCAGCAUUACCUGUACAGCAAGUUAGGAUCUAAGAGCAAAACCAACAUAACGGUGGAGACAGCUGAGAACAAAGCGAAAAUCAUAGACGAUACUGUGGAAAGAAUCGUGGCGAUGAGCAAAGUACUGUUUGGAUUGCACAUGAUCGACCACCCCCAACAAAUGAGUAAGAAUGUCUACCGGUCUGUGGUCUCCAUACAGAGGAAGAGAGCCGUCAUAGCUUGCUUCAGGCAAACGUCUCUGCACUCCUUGCCAAGGCAUCGAGCAUGCAACAUAUUCGCGAGGACGUAUUACGAACUGUGGCUGGAAGAAGAGAAUAUUGGCCAAGAGGUCAUGAUUGAAGAUUUGACGCAAUCGUUCGAAGACGCCGAACUAAAGAAGAGCGACGUAGUAGAAGAGGAAGGGAAACCUGACCCCCUCACGCAACUUGUGACCACCUUCUGCCGGGGCGCCAUGACGGAGCGAUCCGGGGCAUUGCAGGAAGAUCCUCUAUACAUGUCGUACGCGCACAUCAUAGCCAAGUCAUGUGGGGAGGAAGAGGAGGAAGGUGGUGGCGAGGAGGAAGAGGGGGGAGGCGAAGGGGGCGGUGAAGGUGGGGAGGACGAGGGCAGUACUAGUAUACACGAACAAGAAAUGGAGAAACAGAAGCUUCUCUUCCACCAAGCUCGCUUAGCCGAUAGGGGCGUUGCUGAAAUGGUGUUACUACACAUAUCGGCUUCCAAGGGCGUGCCAAGCGAUAUGGUGAUGAAGACACUGCAACUUGGCAUUUCUAUAUUGAGAGGCGGCAACAUUGAUAUUCAAAUGGGUAUGCUGAACCACCUUAAGGACAAGAAAGACGUGGGAUUCUUCACUUCAAUUGCUGGUCUCAUGAACUCUUGCUCUGUGCUGGAUCUCGACGCGUUCGAGAGGAACACCAAGGCCGAAGGAUUGGGCGUUGGUCUAGAAGGGGCUGCUGGAGAGAAGAACAUGCACGAUGCAGAGUUUACAUGCGCUCUGUUCAGGUUUAUCCAGCUCACCUGUGAAGGACACAACCUGGAGUGGCAGAACUACUUACGUACUCAAGCCGGUAACACGACCACCGUCAACGUGGUCAUCUGUACAGUGGACUACCUGCUUAGACUGCAGGAGUCUAUUAUGGACUUCUACUGGCAUUACUCUAGCAAGGAACUUAUCGACCCGGCCGGCAAAGCGAACUUCUUCAAAGCGAUCGAAGUGGCAUCGCAAGUGUUCAACACGCUCACUGAGGUCAUACAGGGUCCUUGUACUCAGAACCAGCAGGCUUUGGCGCACUCCAGGUUAUGGGACGCCGUGGGCGGUUUCCUGUUCCUGUUCUCCCACAUGCAAGACAAGUUGUCCAAACACUCCUCGCAAGUGGACCUGCUGAAGGAACUCCUCAAUUUGCAGAAGGACAUGAUCACCAUGAUGUUGUCUAUGCUUGAAGGAAACGUGGUGAAUGGCACAAUCGGCAAACAGAUGGUGGACACCCUUGUGGAGUCAGCGUCAAACGUGGAACUGAUCCUCAAAUACUUCGACAUGUUCCUGAAGCUGAAAGACCUGACGUCCAGCGCCAGUUUCCAGGAGAUCGACGCCAACAGCGACGGCUGGGUGCUGCCCAAAGACUUCAAGGAGAAGAUGGAACAGCAGAAGAGUUAUACGCCGGAAGAAAUAGAGUUCCUCUUGGCGUGUUGCGAGACGAACCACGACGGCAAACUGGACUACAUCGGCUUCUGCGACCGCUUCCACGAACCCGCCAAAGAGAUCGGCUUCAACCUCGCUGUCUUACUGACAAACCUGUCUGAACAUAUGCCUAAUGAACCCAGACUGGCCCGUUUCCUGGAGACUGCUGGAUCGGUGUUGAACUACUUCGAACCGUUCCUCGGUCGCAUAGAAAUCAUGGGCGGCUCCAAGAGGAUAGAAAGAGUGUAUUUUGAAAUUAAGGAGUCUAACAUCGAGCAGUGGGAGAAGCCGCAGAUCAAGGAAUCAAAACGAGCUUUCUUCUACAGCAUCGUGACAGAAGGCGGCGACAAGGAGAAACUUGAGGCAUUUGUCAAUUUCUGCGAGGACGCCAUCUUUGAAAUGACACACGCGUCUAGUCUCAUGGCCGCUUCGGAAGAAACAGUUGGUGGACCGAAAAAUAGAGAGGCUAGAUAUAAUAUGUACAUGGGAGAUGAUGAGGACGAAAGAGCCGAUAAAAACCCGUUCCGUCGGGGCUUCCAAUCAGUCAAGGACGGACUCUCCACGGCAUUUUCAUCCUUAUCACCAUCAAACAUAAAGGCAAAAAUGGCGGAUUUGCAACAAAUGCCGCCCGCCGAAUUAGCAGUAGGCUUCUUCAAGAUGUUCUUCUAUAUGUUCUACUAUCUGGGAUAUGGUGUGUUGGUCGUUAUUAGGUACAUCUUCGGCGUACUCCUCGGUCUGAUGCGAGGUCCUCAAGUGGAAGAGGUGCCCCCUGAGCCAACUGAGGAGGAGAAAAUCGGUCAGUUGAGACACAGAUUGCUAGCGACACAAAGUCCAACCCGUCACUUGCCAGCGUUACCAGCGGCUGACGACACGGGGCAAAUGCAGGUGCAAGCUUUCGGUCUGGACAUCACUAAGGAAGACAAUGGCCAAAUCCAAGUGAAACCCCACGAAUCCCCGAGCACCUCCACGCCAUCUUCCGGCGAGGAAGCGGACGCGUCGCUGGACGAGAGCGCGGAACACUCGGAGGAGAACAAACCGCCUUCACUCAUCGAUCUAUUGGGAGGAGAGCAAGCCAAGAAACAAGCGCAGGAGCGGAUAGAGGCUCAAGCCGCUCAGCAAGCGGCCAUGUCCGCCAUCGAGGCUGAGAGCAAGAAGGCGGUUCAGGGCCCGGCCCCAUCAGCAUUGUCGCAAGUGGACCUCUCAGUAUACACGCGGCGCUGCGUGUCGUUCCUCGCGAGAAACUUCUACAACCUGAAGUAUGUCGCGUUGGUUCUCGCCUUCUGUAUCAACUUCGUGCUUCUAUUCUACAAGGUAUCAACCCUGGAUGACGACAGUGGCGGCGAAGGAUCCGGUGUGGGCGACCUCAUCGGCGGAUCCGGAUCCGGGCAGGGGUCCGGCAGUGGGGAUGGUGGCAGCGGCGAAUCGGGCGAAGACGAUGACAGUUUAGAAGUGGUUCACAUAGACGAGGACUUCUUCUACAUGGAGCACGUGAUCAAGGUGGCCGCGGUGCUGCACUCUAUCGUGUCUCUGGCCAUACUUAUUGGAUACUAUCAUCUCAAGGUGCCGCUGGCUAUCUUCAAGCGAGAAAAGGAGAUCGCUCGUCGCCUGGAAUUCGACGGACUUUACAUCGCCGAGCAGCCGGAGGACGACGACCUCAAAAGCCACUGGGACAAACUCGUCAUAUCUGCCAAGUCGUUCCCCGUAAACUAUUGGGAUAAGUUUGUGAAGAAGAAAGUGCGCGCCAAAUACUCGGAGACUUACGAUUUCGACAGCAUUUCCAACAUGCUCGGCAUGGAGAAGACUUCAUUCUCCGCCCAAGAAGACGAGGGCAGCAAGGGGCUUGUGCACUACAUCCUUAACAUAGACUGGCGCUACCAAGUGUGGAAGGCUGGCGUGACCAUCACAGACAACUCGUUCCUCUACUCCCUGUGGUACUUCUCGUUCUCCGUGAUGGGGAACUUCAACAACUUCUUCUUCGCUGCCCAUCUCCUCGACGUAGCUGUGGGCUUCAAGACUUUGAGAACCAUUUUGCAGUCGGUAACGCACAACGGGAAACAGCUCGUUUUGACCGUGAUGCUGUUGACUAUCAUUGUGUACAUAUACACGGUGAUAGCUUUCAACUUCUUCCGCAAGUUCUACGUUCAAGAGGAGGACGAUGAAGUCAACAAGAACUGUCACGAUAUGUUGUCGUGCUUCGUGUUCAACCUGUACAAGGGCGUGCGCGCGGGCGGCGGCAUCGGCGACGAGCUUGAGCCGCCGGACGGCGACGACUCGGAGGUGUACCGCAUCAUAUUCGACAUCUCCUUCUUCUUCUUCAUCAUCGUCAUACUGCUCGCCAUAUUGCAAGGUUUGAUCAUCGACGCCUUUGGAGAGCUCCGUGACCAGCUGGAGUCAGUUAAAGAGGAUAUGGAGUCCAACUGCUUCAUAUGCGGCAUCAAUAAAGAUUACUUUGAUAAGGUUCCGCACGGGUUCGACACGCACGUGCAACGGGAACAUAAUCUCGCCAACUAUAUGUUCUUCCUCAUGCAUCUUAUCAACAAGCCGGAUACGGAGUAUACGGGUCAAGAGACGUUCGUAUGGAACAUGUACACCCAAAGAUGUUGGGACUUCUUCCCCGUGGGAGACUGCUUCAGGAAGCAAUACGAGGACCUGAUGGGAGAAUAGACCGCGCAUUAGAAGAAUAAGCAUUUUGUUCUUAUGGUUUUAAGUUCAAUUUAAAAAAAAAAUGUAUUUAAUUUCUGUACACGAAUUAAUAAUUUAACAGUUUUAGUACUAAAUAAAACAAAAACUAAUAUUUAAAAAUUAAAUGUACUUGGUUCUAUCAAGUUUAAUAUUUUGUUUAUAAAACUGAAGAAAGUGGGUAACUUAAUAUUUAUAUAAAGUCUAUACCUACCUACUAUACUUUUGACACCUGUAUGUAAAUGCGCUUCUGCGCAAGUCACGUUAGGUUCUGGGUAGCGUUAGGCAAAAGGCUUUUGAAAACAUUUGAUUUUUAAACUUAUGACAGUAUUUUAAUAUACCUAUAUAUAAAGCUACCAUAUAUAUUUCUUUGAAAGUAAAUUGUUUUUGUAUGUUUUACUGUGUUUGUUGAAUCUAAUUGAGAAGAACAAAGAGAAUAUAAAAAUAUGUAAUAUUGAAAGUUAUAGAUAUUCUUAAAUGUCUUGUGUAAAAUAUAUUGUUUUAUUAACUCAGUUAAAUAACUAAAAUCUGCUAAAUAAAAUAAGGUAGGCUUUGCUCAAAAUUGUCUUCUGUGAAUACUCAAAAACUUAUUCUUUUACAUAUUCUAUUAUAUGUCUUUUACUGAAUUUGUACAGUUCGCAAAAUAAAAAAAACAGUUGCAACAUAUCUACAUAAGUUUCAAGUAUUAAUAAAAUUUGAUAUUUAAUGAGUAAUAUUACUUCGACAAAUUUAAAUUAACUGUACAAAACCUAGACUACAGAAAGAAAGUAGUAAGUAACACAAAAUCUACACUUAAAAAUACUUUAAGGUAUGUUAAAAAAAUUAAGGAGCAAAGAUGAUAUUUUUCCUUCAAACUACGCAAAGAAAAAAAAUAUGCAGUAAUUGUUUUUAAAUAAGUAUUGAUGCAUAGUCUACUUUCGUAGUCGACAAUAGAUACUAGAAAUUUUCUCUAUUACAAUGUAAAAGAUAGAAAAUCGUUAGGUAAUAUUUUCCUUCGUAAUUAUGAAUUAAGUGGCCUUUCCAAGUAAACUUUUCUAUUUAACUAUUUCGAAAUAUAGUUUAUGUAAGAUAUUAUAAAAUGUUAAUUAAACUAUUUAACUCAUAA